AUGCAAACUUAUGCCGGAGAUGUAGUUAAAGCAUUGAAGGCGUUACAUGAUAUGUCAUGCAAGUACCUGAAGGAGUUUUCCACUGAUUGCGGCCAUACGUUAGAUGCUGAGCACUUGACAAACUGCCAUAUAGCUGUGUCUAUGCAACCACAGCGUCAGUCUGGGUCGGAAACUCCGGCGCUUUCGGAGGGAAGCAAUGUCAUUAUUGACAUGCCCCUCGCAGAGGAAGAGGUCCAGAACGAAGAGCUCAAAUCUCAUGAAGCGGAGCAUGGCCAUAUAGACCUUCAGAAAGGAUGGAACGUUCCUCGAACAGAAGCCGCUUCAGAGGUUUCUAAACCGGAGCUGACUCCUUCGACUUCAGUUUCUUCCCACGCAUGUGGGAGGGGCUACGCAGUACUUGUGGAUAUUAAGUAUCCGUUCAGCACACCUAUAGGAGCUCUGAGAUUUUUGGAAACCCCCAGUCGUCGGAAUCUUCUAGAAGCUGUGGCGCAGGUUUGGACAAUGAAUGAGCUUCCAACUGAUCCAUGUUGGCCCAUGAAAUCUCUGACUGUCCGAAAGGGGAACGCUACGUAUGAUAUCCUGGGUUACCCACAAGAUGAUGUCAGUAGCUUACUUGAUGAUGUUCUUGAGUCUGAAAACCUCAUCAAGAUUGAGUGUGUCUAUGUUUUCUAA